UUGCCUUUUUUAUGAGAGCUCCUGCGAUAUUCUAUAACAAGCAUGACCAGAUUCAUCGAAGCAGGUACAUUUCUCAUGUUAAUGUGCAGCGAAUGGUGCAUUAUUCAAGCAUGCAAGCACAACGAGCACAAAGUGAAGUGCUACCGUCAUAUUGGCGUCCCUGGGCGUUUGUGCCCAGGUGUUGAGCGAUGGCCAUGUAGUGGAACAAGGAAAAGGUGCGCGUGCGUGGAUGGAACCGCACAAAGGUGGGACAGCUACUGCGUGCCCUACAGGGACUGCGUCUUCAGGACCCACAACCCAGAAAAGUUGCUCAGUCUGAAGGAAGACCUCGUCAUGGUGGGCACAUCAACAACAAUAUUUAACCAGGGAGCCCUCAAAUGCUUUGUGUCGAAGCAGAUGGAGCCCGUAUAUUAUAACUACCACCGAAGUGUGAACUACAAAGCAAAAGUUGGGGGCCGUUGGGAGGACCGAGCAUACGACCUAAAAAUGAUCACGGAAAACUAUGGAGAAAAAAUCAUAGCCGAAGAAGUACAAGACCGACUACCGUACGGGAUGGAUUGUUUCCCAGUUCUUCACGCCGACGAACUCUGCAUUAUUCUUGCAAGGCUACUACCAGAAGGAAAAAAAGCGGAAUGCACGUACUGGGUUCGCAGAAGUCACGUCGAAAAUCGCAACUGGAAAUGUGACUUCAUUUUCGACGAAUUUUGCAGAAACCAAGCAAUUGUAGUACAUAAAAGGGACGAAUGUAAAUAAUCGCAUA